AUGCAUCUCGCUCAAGCUUCUUGGGUUAUCCUACUUCCACUCUUAGGUCAGAUUACAAUGAUAUCCGCACUUUCGUGCGACUACGGGAACUCCGACCCCUUUCCAAAUUCCAUUCCAGGCCACCCCCAAUGUACGAAGAACGUUCUAGAUCCUAUGACGGGCAGGGUCUACGACUUCAAUCAAUACUGCUGCACGAAUGUCUCCCCUCCUCCUCCGGGUUCCGUAGAAAGGGGCGGUUGCGGGUCGGUAGCAGUACGAUGUAAACUUGGCAUUGCGGGUGAUUACUACGGCCGACCUGCUUGCUGUCCAGAUCCAUAA